UUUUCAUAACCACUUAUCCAGUAUUCUGUCAAGGUGAGCAUGGAGCCGGUGCCUGGCAGUGGGGACAGAAUUGCCAUGUCAUCGUACGGUACACACGGGGCAAUUCAGAAAUGGCAAUUCACCUACGGAUGAUAACAUGUAACGUCGUUUUUAACUGUAUACUCAACAAAAGUGUGAAAACAUCAUGAGCGUUAUACAAUAAUACAUUACUGACAAAUAAUUGAAGGUUGUCUAAAUUGUUAAAUAUACCAACAGCAGGUCACCUUUUUUGUUAGCGGGGAGUUAUUGACACAGGUUUGUAUUUUAGGAAAGCAGCAAUCGAAUAAGUUGACCGCUGACAAAUGUUGGCUAUUAAUAAUACAUCGAGUGAAUGCAUAAUUUUUCGUUUAUUUAUUUCAACGAUCUUAUUACCAUCUGGAGGACAACAUGUCCGAAGAGGAAACACGAGAUAAUACUUUUGCGUUUAUGACAUAAAUCAAGUUUAAAUAAUUUAUGGUCAGUUUUUCGCAGCAAUGGUUGCAAUUUACAAAUCAGUGUUCCCUCAUUUUAUUAGUCUUAUCAGGAUAUGUGUUUUAAAGCACGUGUUACGUGUGUAGUUAUGUAAAUCUAUUGAGGCAAAUAACGCGUGUGACAAUGAUUUCGUCAGAGCCAUACAGUCAUAACUGCGUGGGCAUCAACCCCUCUUCACAAACUAAACAUUUCGGAUUGGCCAUCAAGGAUAUUCUAGCAUCCCCAUACGAACAUAACCGUGGUUUUGUUGCAAAGUUUUGUUUACUCUUCGGGUACACUUACUUUCCUGCUCCCUAGUCCGCUAUUCUAUAUGGAAAUAAUCGAUAUGAUCGGCAAUGUAUUGGUGUAGCCUUAAUAAGGCCAGUUAAUAGAUCACCGAACUUUCAAACAUUAGUGGUAGACGUGGUACGUGUUGGUUUAGAAAGAAGGACUUUGUUGCUCUCGCAGUUUUAAUUGUAAUUUGACUGAAAUAACUAUGUUGGACUUUGCCAUUUUUGCUGUGACGUUUGUGAUUAUCCUGGUCGGAGCAGUUCUCUACUUGUACCCGACAUCCAGAACAGCUUCUGGGAUUCCGGGUCUCACUCCGACAGAGGAGAAGGAUGGGAAUCUGCAGGACAUCGUGAACAAGGGCAGCCUCCAUGAAUUCCUGGUUAGCCUGCACGAUCGCUUCGGACCUGCAGCGUCUUUCUGGUUCGGCCGGCGACCUGUGGUCAGCCUCGGCUCUGUCGAUCUACUCCGGCAGCAUAUUAACCCCAACCGCACAACGGAUUCUUUCGAAACAAUGCUGAAAUCAUUACUGGGAUACCAGUCAGGGCUGGGAGGGGGAGUGACGGAGACAUUAUUGAGAAAGAAAGUAUAUGAGAGUGCCAUUGACCAAACCCUGGAGAAAAACUACCCUCUCUUGUUAAAGCUAGUGGAGGAGCUUGUGGAGAAGUGGCAGUCCUUUCCAGAGUCCCAGCACACACCCCUGUAUGCUCACCUUCUGGGACUGGCCAUGAAGUGUGUCACUCAGCUCGCCAUGGGUGACCGUUUCCGUGACGACGCGGAGGUCAUCCAUUUCCGCAGGAACCACGAAGCGGUCCGUACGUGUAUGUUCACCUGUGCCAUUUUGGAGUUGAGCUCCAUACGUUUUCCUCACUCUUUCAUUUCCUGGUGCCAGCAGAUCUGGUCUGAGAUUGGAAAGGGGUACCUGGACGGAUCUCUGGAGAAGAGUUCCAGCCGCAAGAAGCACUUUGAAGAUGCUCUGUCAGAGAUGGAGGCCGUGCUGAAGUCUGUGGUGAAGGAGCGGAAGGGAAAAGAGUUCAGUCAGCUGGCAUUUGUGGAUGCUCUGCUGAAGGCCAACCUUACGGAGAGGCAGGUGAUGGAGGACAGCAUGGUCUUUACCCUGGCCGGAUCUGUCAUCACUGCCAACUUGUGCAUUUGGGCUGUGCACUUCCUGUCGACAUCACAGGAAGUGCAGGAGAAGCUGUACAGGGAGCUGAAGGAGGUCCUUGGGAAGGAACGUCUUUCCUUGGAAAAUAUUUCUAAGCUGACGUAUUGCCGGCAGGUUCUGAACGAGACCGUGCGGACCGCCAAACUGACUCCGGUUGCAGCUCGGCUCCAGGACGUGGAGGGGAAAGUAGACCAGCAUGUCAUUCCAAAAGAGACUCUCGUAAUCUAUGCUCUGGGCGUGGUCCUGCAGGAUGCUGACACCUGGGCUCUCCCGUACAGGUUUAAUCCAGACAGAUUCGAAGAGGAAGGAGUGAGGAAGAGCUUUUCCCUGCUGGGCUUCUCUGGGAAUCAGGCCUGUCCUGAGCUCAGGUUUGCAUACACGGUGGCCACGGUCCUCCUCAACACCUUGGUCCGCAGGCUUCGACUCCACCAGGCUGAGAGACAGGUGGUGGAGGCCAGAUAUGAGCUGGUGUCCACUCCGAAGGACGAUACCUGGGUCACACUGAGCAAGAGAAGCUAGUGGCUGAUUUGUGCUACAGCUCUGUGUGGAGAACUUCAGGCUCCACCCCUGUUCUAGAUCUAGUUUAACAGGAAAUGGUUCUGAUGUUGGAUUUGGGGAAUGGGCUGCUACCAUAUUGGUUUAUGAAGAUUGACAUCAGAGUACAUUGAAUUUUGACAAAAGAAGUUCAGGUAAGUAUUUUAACCAGGGUGCACCUGCUGGUGGAGACGCCUGCUUGCAUCAUCUCUGAGGAACCUUCUGUACUAAUGGCUCAUCUGAACUUCCACAAUUUGAUAUCAGCUCCAGCUCUUAAAAAUAUGAACUGAAUGGCUCCUAAAACACUUUACUUUGACUUGUACGUCACUGUAUUUGAGCGUUUUUGAUAAUAAACAGUUCUGCGCCUUCA